GCUUGCUCUGGGGACAUCCCUGCUCUGGGGACACGUCCCAGAAUAAGGCUGCUCCUGCAGGGCUCAGACAGUUCAUCCCUGCUGGGAUGUGAGGUGUGGGUUGGUGUGCCAGAACUGCAGCAUUAAAUUCCUCAUCCUCUGGAGCUGAAGGCUCUGGAUCUGCCUCCAGGUGUCUCUCUGUGAGCGGCUUUGAGCAAACACUUAAUCCUGCAGAUUGUGCAGUGCCACAGGUGUCCCUGACCUCUGGGGCUGUGCUGUUCCUCCUUGCUGGCCGUGCUGGGUGAGGAUAGUUCUGGAUUCUUGUUUCAUGGGAUUGCUUCUAGAAACUGGAACAGAGGAAUUGGAGUACAAGGAAAACCUGCACAGUGCAGGAAUGAAGGAGUGAUAAGCCUUUGACCCCUGUGAAGUUCCAAACUAGUAAUGCUGCUCACUGGUAACUGUGCUGGUCUUUAGCUGCCUGUUCCUGGGUGUUGAGUCCUGCCUGACCCUGGCUUGAUGAAAUCAGGAGAGUUUCCUGCUGGAAGGGGAGCUCUAGACUCCAGGAGUUUCUCUGUCUCCCCUGACCUUUCUUUUGGGCUCUGCUCCAGAAGUGAGGUCCUCACCAUUGUGGUGACUGCUCUGCCUCUUGCUAACAGGGAGUAAAUCUUUUCUGGUCUUCCUCUUGGUUAUUCCAGUGCUCUGCCACUUCAGGGCACUGUUUACCUUGGAAGCUGGGGAAGCUGCAGGUGCCAGGGCUGUCACCUGGGGUAAAGCUCUGAAUACCUGCACAGUGUGUUCCUGGGGUGCUGAGUGAUCAGAGGGGUUUUUUUAAGGGUUCUCCCUCUUGAAAAAGAGCCUGAGUGUAGUUUGGAAUCUUCCCUAGUGUGUAUAGCUGACCCUGGAAUCAAAUAUUACUGGUAUUGUGCAGGAGACAACUGCUGCUGAGCAUUUGGUGCCCUUUUCACAUCGAUGGGCAGAGAGAAGAUCAGAAAAAGGAGUUUUUCCCAAAAUGAGGCAUUCUGCUUCUUGUGCAGUGUCCCCACAUUGAGAGCUGUGUGCUGCUCAGCAGAUGGGUUUAGAUGCUGUCCUCCCUCUCUUGCCCUGUCCCAAAUGGCUUGUUGGGCACGAGUUAGACAGAAGAUUGCAGGCAGCUGUGCUGUUGUGGUGCAGGGCGGGCCCUUGGUGGCCCUGCUCUCCAUGCUGAGUGCCUGAAUGCCUUUUCCCCUGGGCCAGGCACAGCUGGUCCUGCUGUGGCUCAGCUGUGGCUCAGAAUGUCCCAGUGUCCCCUGGCCAGGGUGGCACAGCCAGCUGGCAGCUGUGCUGCUCCUGGCAUCCCAGAGCGGCCCCUGAGGGAAAACCAGUGUGGAGAGCAGGGCUGCAGGAGACAGAGAGGGGAUUUUGGGGAGUGACUGCUCCAGUGUGCUCAUACCUGUGCUUUGUUAGCCGUGUGCUGUACCCAGGUGAAGAUUCCCAAUAAAUGCUGGUUCUGAUGCCUCACGAAUGGGUCUGUGUCUUUCCUUGUGAGCAGUGAUGGACGAGGGGAUGUUCUGUGUCUCUGGUGCCCCAGGGCUGUCAUGGGUGUGUAAAUAUGAACAAUUAACCGGGCAGUUUUCCCUGGGUGAGGUUCUGGCCCUGCAGGGUGUGUUGGUUGGUGCCUUGCUGACCCUGGGUACCACCCAGCCUCCUUGUUCUUCCUGCAAUUCCUGCUGUUUUGGUUUUCUUGUGAUUUUCUCCUAUGCUCUUGCUAACGAGUCCAAUGACACUUCUAAGCUGCCAGUAGUUCUGUGAAGGUAAGAGAUCUUCUGUUUUGUCUGUGUGAGUCCUAAGGCAAACCCGGCCUCCUGGUGGCUCCUGGAGCUGGAGAAGGGCAGGACAGCCUCUCCCUGCACUGCCUGGUUGUGCCAAUGCAGAAACCAGCCAGGUCUUUGGAGCUCUGAGCCUUGAGCUGAAGUCAGGCUAUGGAGUGGUUAAAAACCAUUUGUCUGGCAGUGGUUAAAAGGAAUAGCUGCUACUAAAACAGCUGCUACUUAGGAUUCACUGAAAGCUGUAAGCUGACCUUCAGUCUUUGAAAUGGGCCUGUUAUUUUAGCAGGUUUUGGGGCAUCCCCACAAGCAAUUCCACAUAUCUGUGGGCUGCCCCACAGGAAGAGAGGCCAGGCCAAGCAGUAGGUGUGCUUGGAGAGCAGCAGUGCAGGAUGGAAGGACAGAACCUGUCUGUCUGCUGGAGCUUCCCUCGGGCAGCAGCGUUGGGAAGGGAAACUCUCUGUGCUGGUGGUGGUGUCAGGGGUGGGAGGGAGAGGAACCCGGUGGGACGGUGCUGAGGGUGCUGUGUGUGCCCAUGCGUGUGUCAGACAUCUCCCAUCCUCUCAGCAGUGGUACCCGUGUUGCCAACGCUUCCCUGGCAUUGUGUUUUCAUUGAUUUGCCCUCCCUCUCCUGCCCAUUCUCCAUGCAUGGUGGUGGUUUCCAUCUGAGCAGCGUGACAUUCCUGUGCAGUGUGCCUUGCUGUGACUGCUGAGCUGGCUCAGAAACUCCCUUCUCUUGUGUUUGUAGGUGUGCAGAGGGAUCCAGGCCGGUUCCCAGAGCUCUGCAAAGGAGAUCCUGGCGCUGACGGACUCACCUUGUACAAGGGCCGGCCCGAGAUGCUGCAGGUGAAACAGCACAACUCAGAGCCAGAGUUCCUGGCCAGAGAUGGUCCUUCAAGCAACAGCUCCUUCUACAGCAGCGAGGGAGAGGGGACAGACCACGAGGGAGACAUCCUGGACUGCAGCGGCUCCAGGCCUUUACUGAUGGACUCGGAGGAGGAGGAGGAGACGGGCAAGCCAUGCCCAGGGUUCCUGCAGCCCGUGCCCAGGCACGAGGCCUCCAAAGAGGAUGCCCAGCCCCAGGCCAGGGCAGGGGAGCCGCUGUUCCCGGCCUUCCAGUCGCACAGCGGGGAGGUUUUCAACGAACCCGACGUGUUUGCCACGGCUCCCUUCCGCAGCUCCAGGAAGGUCCCCGAUGAGGUGGAUGUCUUUACCAAAGCUCCUUUCAUCUGCAAGGGCAACGCAGCUCUGCGGCACCCGGAGGAGGCAGACGUGUUUCUGAGGGCCCCUUUCACCAAGAAGAAGAGCAUGGAAGAGCUGGCUGCCCACAAGGAGCCGUUCUCAGCGCCCCUUUUCCUGAGCCCCGGGGGCGACGGCCGAGCUCAGCCCGUGUUCCCGGGCCUGGACCCGGCAGCGCACGGCCCCGUGGGCUUGCUGAGAGCUCCACAGGCUGCUGCUGGCUUUGCUCAGCCGGGCAGCGUGCAGCCCUGCCCCGUCCGAGCCGGGGAGGCCCAGGAGGGCAGCCCGGCCAAGGCAGCGCUGCCGGAGCAGGGCGACGCCCUGGGCCCCGUGGCCAGCAAGCCCUUCCGUCCGCAGUCCCUGUCCAAGUACUCCCGGCACUACUGCCCCGAGGACGGGCCGGGGCUGGAGGCGCAGCCCAUAGCUGCCUACAAGGUGGUGUCUCAGACCAACAGGCAGGCCAUAGCGGGCUCUGUGCCCCUGGUCCCUCUGUCUGCCAGGACUACGGAGCUGCCCGGCACUGAUCCCUUUGCCUCGGCGCCCUUCCCUUCCAGAGCAGCCAAGCAGAAGCCUUGACGUGCUGGGGGCUGUGCUGCCUGCAGGAGCGCCUCGUCGGGGCCUCACACCUCUUAGCUGGACUGAAUGACAUAGCAAUAUAUAUAUAUAUAAAGUAAUUAUUAUUUUUGGUCAGAACUCUAUUUGCAGUGAUAUAUAGCUGAAGCAUUUAAGUUAUGUUUGUCCGAAUGCCUGGCUCUCAGGAUCCUCGUAUCCUUUCCAGUUGCUUCUCAGCUUCCUCCUCUCACUGUCUUCCCUCCAUUUAUUUCUUUUUUUUUAGAUGCUUUUCUCAAACCAGCAGUAUUCCAUAUUUUCUGGUCCUGGGUGGAGAAAUGCACUACAAGAUGAAUUAAAAGGUUUAUUAAUUACAGAGCGAGUUAAGCAGGACUUGCUAAUGCUCUGGAAAGGACAUGAUUUCAUAGGUGAAAGGGUUUUUGUGACUUUUGCUCUCAGAGACAUUCCUGGUGCCCAGCUGUGGCUGUGCAGGUGGGCUCUGUGCCCACAGAGCCAUGCUGGGGUGUCUGGUGCCAGUUUGGGCAGUGCAGGUGGAGCAGAGCCAGGGCAGGGCACAGCUUUGCUACCCCAGGAUGGGAGCACCAGGCACUGCUGCUGCCAUGGAAGGUGUCCUGAAGCCAGUGAAGCAAUCAGGCUGUUUCUGUUGCUGGAAAAUCAAAGGGUCGUGCAAACAAUCAGGCAGAGCUUUCACUUUUACACUUGUAUUUCCUGUCUGGUCUAUACCAAAGUGUAGGACCUGGAAAUCUGCUUAUGGUGAAGGAGAAAUGUGUAUUUACAGUAUUAAAAGUAGACCUUAUGGGACAUUUGUGAUGUAAACAGCUCCAUAACUGUCCUGAUGUAUGUACCUCAUGUGGUGUGACUCAGCAGAGGCCACAGCCCCCUUAGACUGGUUUAUACUGGCAGAGAGCUCUGCUCAAAGUCACUUCUGCCUAUUGCUUUCCUGUUGGUUAAGGAUGAACCUCAACAAAAUCCAUUUGCCCUCCUUCUGAAGUGAUGUUUUCUAUCCUGUUCCCAAGAGCAGGGCUGUGGUGACUGAGGCAUGGACUCAGCCUGGCAUAGAAACUGAGGCAUUUGUUAGGAAAGGCAAACUCUUUUUAUACCCUUCCACAAGACACAGUAUUUCCUUAGAUGGUAACUCUCACUGUGACACACAUUGCCACUUCUGUCAGACCAAAUCAGCUGUCAAAGGACUGGAUGACUGUCUAGGUGUUGGUGCAUAGUGGUGGUUGUGGGGCUCUCUGCCCUCCAUCCCCACCUCCUGAAAACAGAAGUACUGUAGAGAACUUUCUGGGUUUCCCUUGACAUGUUUCUUCAGCAAAGCUGACGCUUUUACUCUGUUUUGUUGUUUAGUUUUCUGUUUAAAUAUACACCCGAAAGGUGGUUUUAGUUUUAAUUAUGCGUUCCCCCAGGUCGGUUAUUGCUGGAAUCAGUGAGAGACACAGAGAAUGACUGUGACAGCAAACUGUGAAUUCAAGGGCAGUGAGUGUGAGGGUCACGGGCACACUGAGCCAGGAGCUGCCCUUGAGCUCUGGGAUGUGCUCAGAAGCUGCUGAAGGGAGGCCAGGCCUUGGUGCUGUGGGAGAUGCUUUGCUCCUGUGGGAGCCACGGGGGUUCAAGGCGUUACCUCUGCUCGCUGGAGCUUCUCCUUCCUUCUCUUCAUUUUUACUUGAAAAAUUGCCUCUGAAUAAUUCAGUGUGGCUUCUGUCAGCGCCACGAGCUGAUGCUGGGGAGCCUCAGCCUGUCCCUUCAUGCUGGGAAAGGGAAGGUGCCCUGGGCUGUGCGGGCUCCUCUCCAGCCCUGCUGGGCCAGGGCAGGCUCCAUUUCCAGCUGGCAUUUUGGCAGCUCCUCGCUCCUGCAGGCACUUUACACGAAGAGCAGGUUGUAGCUGUGCCCCAGAGCUCACCAUCCUGCCAGGCACAUCCAGGGCUUAAACGGUUUGAAGUAUCUUCUGGGGGUGCAGGCAGCUCGUUUGUAUCUCUGCAUGUGACUCAUAAGGUAACGGGGCUUCUGGUUAUGGCCAGAAAACUCAGUUUCAAUGCCUGUUACUCUAAUACCGUUCUCAUUUCCAGCCUGUGUUCCUCCUAAUCCUGCACUACCACUGCUGCAGCCUCAGCGUGAUCAGUUGUAAGUGGAAAUUUAAUUUCCAUAGCAUCUGAAGCUCACUGUUUUAAUGAAUGUGGAAGAAUCAUGCUAAUUAUUUGCCACACAAUCAGUGAUCUUAAUGAAGUGAGACUUAUACAGACUCAAUGGGGUGUUUUGAAUCAGUUUUAUGAAAAGAACCACUGGUUUCUGUAUGUAACACUGUAGUAAAAGGUGUUCACUGCCCUGGGUCCUCUGGUUAUCACACCCCUGUGACAAUCCCGGAUUCCUGCUGGGAGAGGGACUGGCUCCUGGUUCUCACCCACAGAAUGCACUAAAGUCUCUGUUCAAAGUGAUUAAUCAGAGUUUCUGCAUGAGUAAAGCGAGCAGCUGGCUCUGUGCUCACUGCCCUGACUGCUGCAGGACUUUGGGGGCUGUCCCUGUGUCGCCUCUGCUGCUGUCACCCCGUGUGACACAGCACACAGCAGCAAAACCGGGUGAGAUCUCCUUGAUUGCUGAACUCAAUCACUCCAAAGUGCUAAUCGGUUACUUUAACUCAGCUUCCACCAAAGACUCUUGUUUUGGGGAGUUGAAUUUUUGUGGGUUUUUGUUUCCUCACAGUGUUAAAUCAAUGCCUUGGAGCACACUGACAGACCCCAAAGCACUUUUACAGUAGUAUCAUGACACUGAAACCCUGCUCCAGUUCUGAAACACAUUCCUGAAACCUGAUCAGAAAUAACCCCCAGGCUGUAGUUUCUGCUGUGGGUGGGUGAAUCCCCUCACACACACCCAGAAAUCCCCCUGUGCAGUCAGAGGGAUGAGGCUGAUCAGCGUUCCUGAUCCCUCGCCUCCAAAGGGACGGGCUGGGAGGGCAGGGGGCUCGCUCUGGUGUGGGAUGCAGCUGGUGGAGCAUCCCAAACACCGAGUCUGGCUUUGGGAAAACUCCUUUGUGUCCAGGAGGAGCUGGGGGUGUCCGUGGUCCCCACAGUGAGACAUUCGUGUCCCCCAGUCCCCUCUGUUCCCCCCAUGCCUGGCAGAUCCCCGGGCUCAAAUUUUGCACUCCGGUUGGGAUCGUCUGUUCCUGGUAAUCAUGAAGAAAUGUUCCACUUGUAAACUUAUGUACAUUUUAUUAAAACUAUAUCUGA